CAGAAAAUUCAUCAUGGGCACUGCAGGGAAAACAAUCACAUGCCAGGCAGCCAUUGCCUGGGAAAAAAAUUCUAUUUCAAUUGAAGAAGUGCAAGUUGAGCCACCGAAGGCUGGAGAAGUUCGUAUUAAGAUGGUGUCUUCAGGGAUCUGUGGUUCCGAUGACCAUGUCCUAAAAGGAGAACUCCCAAUGAACUUCCCUCUCAUUCCGGGCCAUGAAGGAGCAGGAAUUGUGGAGACAGUUGGAGAUGGAGUGAGCUCAGUGAAGCCAGGGGAUAAAGUCCUCACACUCAUUGUUCCGCAGUGUAGAGAAUGUGACGCCUGCUUGCACUCCAAAGGAAACUUCUGUGACAAGCAAGAUGUGCUGCCUUGUUCUGGGACGAUGCUGGAUGGGACCUGCAGAUUUUCCUGCAAGGGACAGAAGGUUUAUCAUUCUUUCCGCACAAGUACAUUCACUGAGUACACUGUUGUGCCCGAGAUUGCAGUGGUAAAAAUCGAUGAUGCUGCACCUAUGGAUAAAGUUUGUCUCAUAGGCUGUGGUGUUCCUACCGGCUAUGGGGCAGCUGUUAACUCAGCCAAGGUCACCCCUGGCUCCACCUGUGUGGUUUUUGGUCUUGGAGGGGUUGGCUCAGCUGUGGUCCUGGGCUGCAAAGCCUCUGGUGCUUCUAGAAUCAUUGGGGUUGAUAUCAAUGAGAAGAAAUUUCCCUGGGCAAGAGCCUUAGGAGUCACUGAUUGCCUCAACCCGAAGAAGCUCAAGAAACCUGUCCAUGAGGUGGUGAUGGAAAUGACAGGUGUUGGUGCUGACUUUGCCUUUGAAGUCAUCGGACACACUGAGACUAUGCUCGCUGCUUGGAACUCCUGCAACUACAGCUACGGUGUCUGUCUGAUCAUUGGGCUGGCUCCAUUAGACUCUCAGCUUUGCCUUGAGGCAUCAAAGAUUGUCUCUGGAAAAACACUGAAGGGCGUGUGUCUGGGAGAUUAUAAAACCAGGGACUGUAUUCCACAACUAGUGACUGAUUAUCUCCAAAAUAAGAUUAAUAUAGAUCCACUAAUAACUCAUCAGCUGCCUUUUGACAAACUCCACAAAGCCUUGGAGUUGUAUCAUACUGGGAAAACCGUCCGUUGUGUUCUGCUCUUCUGAGAGUCAAUGCUAAAAAGACCCUGUCUCAAAUAAGAAGGAAGAUGAAGACCGACCAAUACACAAGUUUUCCUCUGGCCUCCACAUGGGCACUGUGGCAUGUGCAUACCUGCACUCACAUAAAGGCCUCCUUGAGGACUUCCUUCCAUUCCUGUUUCACCUACCUGCUUAUUCCUAAGCAGUGUGAGGGGCAUCAAAUGUGGGAAUACAGUGGUUGCACAAUGUGAAAAAAGCACUUCUUGA